AUGUUUGCUGCUGCUACCAAGAGCUUUGUCAAACAGGUUGGGGAUGGAGGGAAAUUAGUUCCUGUUCCGAGCCUCAGUGAAGCUGACAAAUACCAGCCUCUAAGUUUGGUGGUAAAAAAGAAGCGAUGUUUUCUAUUUCCUAGAUAUAAAUUUACCUCAACACCUUUUACAUUGAAAGAUAUUCUUCUAGGAGACAGAGAGAUUUCAGCUGGUAUUUCAUCUUAUCAACUACUGAAUUAUGAAGAUGAAUCAGAUGUUUCUCUCUAUGGAAGGAGAGGCAAUCAUAUUGUGAAUGACGUUGGAAUUAAUGUUACUGGAUCAGAUUCCAUUGCAGUAAAAGCCUCAUUUGGUGUAGUAACCAAGCAUGAAGUAGAAGUAUCAACAUUACUCAAAGAAAUUACUACACGAAAAAUUAACUUUGAUCACAGCUUGAUCCGCCAGUCAAGGAGCAGCAGAAAGGCAGUGCUGUGUGUGGUCAUGGAAAGCAUUCGAACCACACGGCAGUGCUCACUGUCUGUGCAUGCUGGAAUUCGUGGGGAAGCAAUGCGGUUUCAUUUUAUGGAUGAGCAGAAUCCCAGGGGAAGGGACAAAGCUAUUGUAUUUCCAGCACAUACAACCAUAGCUUUCAGUGUUUUUGAACUCUUUAUUUACCUGGAUGGUGCCUUUGACCUUUGUGUCACUUCAGUGUCAAAAGGAGGAUUUGAAAGGGAAGAAACAGCCACGUUUGCACUGUUCUACAGAUUGAGAAAUAUACUAUUUGAAAGAAAUAGAAGAGUGAUGGAUGCCAUUUCUCGCUCACAGCUUUACUUGGAUGAUCUCUUUUCUGACUACUAUGACAAACCUCUCAGCAUGACUGAUAUUUCACUCAAAGAAGGCACUCAUAUCCGAGUUAACUUACUUAAUCACAAUAUUCCCAAGGGGCCUUGCAUCCUCUGUGGAAUGGGGAACUUGAAAAGGGAGACGGUGUAUGGGUGCUUUCAGUGUUCUGUCAAUGGACAGAAGUAUGUACGACUUCAUGCAGUUCCUUGUUUUGAUAUUUGGCACAAGAGAAUGAAAUAAAUGAAA